AUGGGCCGUCGUGCCUUGGCCACGACCCCUGCCGUGCAUGCCGGGGCCCUUAAUGGCUGCUUGACCCACGAUGACAUUGUUGGCUUGCCCUCGGCCCCCGCCAUCUCGCCCUCCUUUCCCCUCGGACCCUACCGCUUUGUCAACCGCGAGUAUUGCCUGAUCGAGUACGAGACAGACCUCGACCGCCUGAAAAAAGUGGUGCCCUGGCCGCUCAAGCCCACCUCCAACCGUGUCAUCUAUGAAUGGAUCAACAUGCCCGAUUCCUCUGGCUUUGGCAGCUACUCGGAGUCUGGUUGCAUCGUCCCUUGUGAGCUCAACGGUCAAAGUGUCAACUACACUCUCUCCAUGUAUCUAGAUGACGAACCGCCCACUGCUGCGGGCCGUGAAAUCUGGGGCUUUCCCAAGCGACAUGGCUUGCCCCGCCUCAAGGUGGAGAAGGACACCCUAACUGGAUCCUUGACCUAUGUUGGCCAAGAAGCAGCUCUGGGCACCAUGGUCUACAAGCACACCCCGCUGUCUGAAGAGAAGGUCCGCGAAAAGCUCUGCAAGACCACCUGCAACCUCCGUCUCAUUCCCGACGUCAACGGCGGUCUGGCUCGCGCCCAGCUUGUGGGCUUUGAACUCGAAGAUGUGACCGUGCACGAGGCUUGGUCUGGUCCCGCGCGCCUUCAUCUGGUGCCUCACGCCACCACGCCGGCGGCUGACCUCACCGUCCGUCGGGUCAUCGGCGGUACCCACGUGCGCACCGACCUGACGCUUCCCCAUGGCCGCGUGCUCUAUGACUACAAUAACCCCACCGAUGAAUACGGUACCCCCGAUAUGGACCAGCUGCAUCCAGCGGAAAUCCUCAAGGCCCCUUCCAUGCCCAUCAUGGCCCCAUCCUACCCUCGCAAAUUCAGCACUCUCCGCAACCGUGAGUAUGUUUUCUUCAAGUUCAAGACGGACGUGGAAAUCUUGCGUCAGCACCUCCCGGAACUCUGUGAGGUUAACCCAGAGGGCGACAUCUACUUUGCCUGGAUCAGCACUGAGGGACAUGGCUUGGGCGCUUACAACAAGUGCGACAUCAAGAUCCCGUGUACAUUCAAGGGCAAGCCAUACCUCUUUUCUGUCCUUGCUGUCCUCGACUCUGGCGUCGCGCUCAAUGCCGGCCGUGAAAUCCUCGGCCAGCCCUGCAAGUACGGCUUCCCCACCGUUGCUGUCGAAAAGGAUACGCUGGCUUGCACCUUGCGCUUUGGUGAGCAACUCGUGGCCACGGGUACCUCCGUCUUCAAGUAUCAGCGUGCUGACAGCGAUGAGGCGCGCGAUCUGCUCACGACCCCGGAACUCAACCUCAAGUUCAUCCCCGGCGUCGAUGGUCGUGCCGAUAUUGCCCAGCUCGUCUCUGUCAAGCAUGGCGACGUUCAUCUGGACGAUAGCCUCCUUUACACUGGCAAGGGCCGUCUGGCGUUGCGGCCUCACGUCAACGCUCCUUUGGCUGACUUUCCUGUUCAGAGCGAUAGCCAAGUUCUUCAUGUUCGCGUCAACUCCAUGUCCAUCAAGCAGACGCAGGUCGUCCACGACUACCUGGCCUGA